UCCAGAUGCGAAUAACUAGGUUCCUGCAUGUUGCUUAUUGUUGUCUUGAACUCUAUGUAUUGCCGCGCCAUAUCCUAGUUUUGCAGGCAAAUCAAUGACCGCGUCUUGAUGUCAUCGGACGUCUUACGGCGCCGUCGAUCGGGUGCUGUUCUACGGCUAGAAACGUAUAAAAAAGGAAUGAAUUUCGCCUAGAGAUAUUGAAGUCCGCAAACAAUCACAAGUAAACUUCGAAAUACACAUAUAUCAUCGACUUAUAUCCUUAAGUGUCACCAUGAGCAACCCAGAUAACCCCAAUAUCACCCAACGCACGACGCCGCAAUGGGGCCUCUAUCAGAGGGAGCUCUUCUGGGCACCGAACGAGGGAAAACAUACGCCCUUUAACACCCACCCCGAUAAGCUGAGAGAGACGGCUAGGGAGCACCUCAGCCUGUCUGGAUGGCACUAUGCAUCCUGCAACGCUGGCCUCUCGUGGACGCACUACUCUAACCGACAGGCUUUUUACCGACACCAAAUCGUGCCGCGGAUGCUCAUCGACACCGACCAGCGGGACACCGCAACCACCAUCUUCGGCCACCGCGUCGCAGCACCAAUCGGAUUCGCACCUAUCGGCAUCAAUCGGAUCUAUCACGCGACGGGGGAACUCUCCCCCGCCAAAGUGGCUGGCGAACUGAACUUGCCGUACUGUCUUAGCUCCGCCGGCAGCUACAGCAUCGAGGACGUGGCGCGCGCCAACGGCGACGGCGGCGUACGCUUCUUCCAGCUGUACUGGAGCCCGCACGACGCCGUGGCGCUGUCGAUGUUGCGGCGUGCCGCUCAAAAUGGGUAUACCGCGUGCAUGCUGACCACGGAUACAUGGCAGCUAGGCUGGCGACACGACGACGCCGCGCAUGGGAAUUACGCGUUUUACCACGAGCACGGGGCAGGCGACCUCGGGCUCAACGACCCGGCGUUCCUAGAUCGUCUGCGAGAGGCGAAGCCAGACCCGAAAGAUCCCAAGGACAAGUACCGCGUCGGCGCGGACUGGAUCGAUAAGCACAUAUGGCACGGGCAUUCAUUCUCGUGGAAGAGACUGCCUUGGCUAAUCGAGAAUUGGAAGGAGCUUAGCGGUGGGAAGCCGUUUUGCAUCAAGGGGAUCCAGAGCGUGGCAGAUGCGCGCAAGGCGGUUGAACUGGGGGUCGAUGGGAUUGUAGUUUCGAAUCACGCCGGGCGGCAGGUUGAUGGUGCGAUUGCGAGUCUGGAUGCGCUGGAGAAGAUUGCAGAGGCGGUAGGGGAUAAGAUAUACAUUAUGUAUGAUUCGGGCGUCCGGGGUGGCGCUGACGUGUUCAAGGCUCUAGCUCUCGGAGCAAAAUUUGUGUUUAUAGGUCGCUUAUGGGUGUACGCGCUGGGCUCCGGCGGCGAGGAAGGCGUGCGUCACGUCAUGAAGGGACUUUUGGCAGAUUUCGACAUCUUGAUGAACGUCGCGGGGUAUCCGGAUCUGAAAGAUAUUAAUCGCGAUGCUUUGGAUUCCUUACCAAAAGGGGCUUACUUCCCGUCUACGGCGGAAAUGGCGUGAGCAUUUAAUACAACACAAAGGUGGCCGAGUUGUUGUAAACAGUCAUUUCUGAGAUUACGAAUGAAAAGAGCGAUAGCAAUGACUUUGGUAAAUUUACAAAGGGAAUAUCGGGGCCUUAGUUAGAUGUUUUCGACAUCGAGAGAAUGCAGAGCCGUCUCCGCCAAUGCACAUCGGGGUUUCUUCAUAUAUACAUUCUUGUGUCCCCCCUUUUCUCAUACAUUCCCCACUCAACCCGUGAC